AUGCGCUGCUAUUAUCGUCAGCUAUUAUGGCUCACAUUGAUUAGCAUCACUGGGAGGAGCAUGGCUAAAGAUUUAAUCGGAGCACCAGUCACCACACUCUAUGUACCACCUAAUGCGGAGGCAAACGAUGAAAUUCUUGCCGAUCAACCGCUAACCGUUCUAAAGAUCAAUGAAGAUGUAGCCAUUUCUAUUGAACCGCCAUCAGAAACAGUGGCAGUCUCACCAAACGUAGUUGGUCCUGGUGCUCCAAUACAUCUACUGAUUAUGGAUCCGCAAAAAUUGCGAAGUAAUGGAGGAGAAAAGCUACAAUUAAAAGCGUUGGGAUUGAUUUCUGGUACGGAAGACGGUGUUUCUAUAGAGAUCAAACCAAGCAGCGAGUAUGCAGCUACUAAACCGUCUACACUGUUAUUUGAAAAAGAGAACUAUGAGCUUCUUCUUGAGCACAACUUCAAGGAGAAAGAGGUCGCAAUAGUGAAGCUGGCAGCAGCUCCACCUCCUGAAGCAAAGUUUACUUUGAUAGGGCCUUUAUCAGACCGAUUUACUGUGACCAAUCAAGGGGAAGCCAUUUACCUAACCGCAAAUCCUUGCACAAACUGUUCUACACCAAGCACAUUCACAUUGCUCCUUGUCGCAACCCAUCAAGGAUCGCACCAAUAUGCAACUCUCAACUUCAAGCAAGUGAACGAAGAAGAAUUUACUUUCGUGGGCGCACCCUAUUCAGCAAUUGUAGAAGAAGAAACCGGUGUCUUCAAAAGGGCUGUAAAAGUCAUGACUAAAGGAUCAGCUGGAGAUGUGAUGUACACGCUGCAGGAUCCAAACGAUCUUUUUUCUAUAAAUCCAAAAAGUGGAAUACUCAUAGUACAGCAUCCUGAAUUCCUUACCCUGAACACUUACGGGCGGAAAACAAAUCUCGUAGUAGUAGCAACUGACAAAAAGACUUCAAUUAAGACAGUAAUAGACAUUACUUUAACACCAGUGGCUGAAGGGUUGAAAGGGUUCAAAUUUACAAAGGAAUCUUACACAUUCACCGUGAAAACCGGGGAAACAUUGAUAGGCGUCGUGAGAGUGGCCGAUUCUGGAAAUCACACCCUUCAUUACGACAUCGCAGAAGGAGGCCAGGGUGCGAUAGCCAUCGAUGAUUUGGGAAUGCUUACGUACCGUGGAAAACCCGAGAAGGAUUCAAGGAAUUUCACCACUUUGGUGUCCGCCCAGACAACACAAGGGCAAUUCUUGGUAGCUACUGCUUGGGUCGAUAUAGCUGUAGAAGGAAUAAAUUCUAAUCCUGUCAUCGUCGUGGGUCCGACCAAAAGAGCGGAUGUUUUGAGCGCAAGUGCCAAACGAGGUACGAGCGUUGCCACCAUCGAAAUGACCGAUGACGAUGAGGAUGCGGCCCUUCAACUCUCAAUAGAAUCCAUUUCUGGACUAUACCUGAACGGAAGCGAGGCGAACCAUCUUAGCCUAGAAAUGUUCAAAAUAAAUACGAAUGGAAGAAAAGCCGAAGUGUUGCUAAAUGAGCCGAUCUUUGAUCUACCGCUGGCAUCUUUAUCCAUUAGAAUGCAAGCACAGGAUCAUGCACAUCCGGCGGAACCAUCUGUAUUAGUCAUCCAGCAAUUAACCAUCACAAGGAAGCAUCCGUUGAUCGUGCAAGAAGCUGUCCCAUUCAAGCUUAUUGAGAUUCCCGAAGUUAUCCACAUUCCUGCCGAGUCCCCAGUCGGCACCCUCGUCUACACUGCUCGUUUGCUUCGAAGUGUUAUUUCCAACGAAACUAACUAUGACUAUGAGCUUGAUUCAUCUUUUGGAGCUUUCAGAAUCGAUAAAAUUACAGGGGACAUCACAACUGUUCGGCCCCUGCACGAUCUCACUGAAGAUGUACUUAUCGUUACGGCACAUUCACACACCGAAGAACAAAGUGCACAGGCUAAUUUUACCGUAAUUUUCACUCCUGCGCAAGUGCAGAAGACCUCAUUCGUCAAGGGACACUAUCAGGGUACUGUAGCCCAGUCGGAUCCAUUGGAUACAACUGUGCUUGUAGUGGAGGCUAAGACAGAUCAUGGUGAAAGAGUAAAAAAGUACAGCCUAGAAGGUGUCGAUGCGGAUUUCUUCAAUAUCGACAGCAAAGGUGUAAUCCGUCUGAAAGAAUCCCUCGCAAAGAUAUCGAAACCAUCCAUGAGCUUCGCUACAAUAGCUGGUGAAGGAAUGGCAAAAAGUUCAGUACCAGUGCAUGUAUUGAUAAAGAAAGAAGAAAACGAAGAGAUUUCUUUCGAGAAGAACUCAUACGACAUAAAGAUUAUGGAAAAUGUACCAUUGAAUGGAUAUGUAUUGCACCCGCAGCUUAUCAGCAACAAUGUCAAUGGUGUAGCAUUCUCACUAAACUCACUUAAUGAUGCCACAGCUGUAAUGAAACUGCUAGAUAUCGAUGAGACGGGAAGAAUUACUGUCAAGGACGAACUUUUAGGAUACGUUGGUGCCUAUGAAUUCCAAGUUCGAGCAAUAAAAGGUGACCAUCAGACGUAUGCUGAUGUUACUAUGCAUGUGUUACCAGCAUACAGAUGCGUUCCAUCGUUCGUCGGAAACGAAAAUCUUGAAUUUUCCAUCGAUGAGAAUAUGCCACCCGGAAGUGUUAUUGGCAGCGUUUUAGCAACGAAACUGAAUGACAAGUGCGAGUUGAAAUAUCUGCUGUGGGAUCCACUUUCUCAUAAAUACACCAACGAAACUAGUAUUGCCUCGAUUGACACAGUCACUGGUGAAAUAAGAAGUCGCAAAUCAUUCGAUUACGAAAAGCAGGCAAUGUUCCCGCUAAUCUUGGGUCUUCAAGCUGGAGCUAGUCAAUUUGCUCAAAUGCCUAGCACAAUACGAGUCGUAGAUAAUGACGACCAUCCCCUUAAGGCUGUUUUAGAGAAUCUCACCGUUGAGGUACCCGAAGACGCUGUUAUGGGUGCGGUAAUUGCCACCAUGAGUGCCAUCGAUGGCGACGAGUCACAAAACAUUUACUACCAUCUACAAGAGCCAUCAAAAGAGUUCUCGUUAAAUUCAUCUACUGGCGAAGUGGUGCUUACAUCGAGUUUGGACAGAGAGACGAAGGACUCUUAUAUAUUGAAAAUUGGUGCCAGCAACGCUGAAAAUGCUGAGACGGAGGAUAUCGAAGUAUGGAUGACACUAAAUGUGAUUGUAACCGACGUGAAUGAUAAUGGUCCGCUGUUUGAAGAAAGUCGCUAUUUCAUAUUGUUAGAGAAGAACGCACUCCCCGGUGAGGAGGUACUGACUGUUCACGCAUCCGAUCCUGAUCAACCAAUGCCUGGGAAUGAUGUACAAGAAGUGUUUUAUCGAAUCAAAGAAAUGCUAUUCGAUUAUCGUGGAAUGAAUAGAGCCGUGGAAAGUAUGUUUUCAAUUGGUAAGACGACAGGGAUAAUACAACUCGAGCAGGAAGUUAGCGAGUAUGUUGGCGGUGCUUUCCAUCUGCUUCUGGAAUCGAUGGACAGUUUGGACGAGAACGCACAUCGAGAUCAGUGCAUUGUGAAAGUGUAUAUUCACGACGAAAGCGAUGUCGUUCGGAUGGAAUUGCCCAUACCACCAGCGGCAGUAACUUAUGAAAAGAUUUCCACAAUGAGAGAUACGAUAUCGAAUGCAACUGGGCUGAAAGCCAUGAUCAAAGAUUUGCGAUACCACCACGAAGAGGGCAAUCUCAUCUAUGACAUGACAGAUCUUCGCUUGGUAUUAGUAAAUCGCACUACAUCAGAAAUUAUCCCAGCUGAAAGGGCCAUCGCUAUCGCCGACAAGCGACGAUCGGUAAUGGGCGAUAAUAUACCGAACAUGACUAAAGCUCAGGUAACUUCUUCACCAGUUAUACACCAAUCAAUUCCGCCUGUAGCAUAUGUGCUAUGCACAUUUGCUAUGUUGCUGACCAUAGUGUUCCUGAUAUUCGCUUUCAUGAUGUGUCACUACAGAAACAGAUUCCAACGAGAAAAGAAAUUGCGAGAAGACGAUGCAUCUAUAGUAAAUGCAUUGAAUAGACCUCCAAUCCGGCCGAUGAAAAUUUCUCCACUGAUUCCCACGCGGGCAUUAUAUGAACCACAUCUUCCUGCUAUUGAAAGCAACUAUGCUGUGCAGGAAAUGAAAAUGGUUGUGGCAGGAGAAGACGAUAGACGGCGUAAUCCCUGGUAA